GGAGAUGAAAAAUUCAACGCGCCUUUAAAUAGAACCAUAUUGUCAUUCUGACUGCUGUUAUCUGACUGCGACAGUGGCGACGGAUCCGCUCGUCCUCUAGUGCCUCACUGCGCAACCGAAGAAAUCCACUUUAUAUUCUUUCAUAAAGUAUAUUCUAGCUUAGUAAACAUGCCUAGCAAGAGAAAGAAGAACAAGCGCCGAAUGAGAAGAGUGCAGGCCCAGAGAAGGGCCCUGGAGGAGCAGUACGCCUCCGCUGGAAAGGGAACUCCAGGAGUGUGUGCUGUCUCUGCCCCAGUUCCUGCACGGGUUCCAGUUGCUAAAACUUCAGAGUGUCCUGUUUCGGUUCCAAUUCCCCUGGCGGUGGUCGCUCCAGUUGACAUUCCCGCUGAAGAUCCUCCUGUAGAACCGGUUGUGUUAGAGGUCCCAGUAACGGAUGCUGUUAAAGACGAAGUGGUGAAAGCUGCAGAGGACCUAGGACAAAGCCUAGUGGAACCUCCAGCAGAAGAGCCAGCUGUGAUUGAAGGAGAUGAAAGUGUCACCGUUCCAUUAUCAGAGGCCAUAUCAUCUGUAGAUGAGCCAGUGUCCAUCCCUGCAAAAUCUGAGAUCCAGUUUGAGGACACUACAUCUGUAGCCACAGAGACGCAUGUUUUAGCUCAACCUGUCGAGACGGUUGGCACCGAGCAUGUAGCUGAAGCUGAGCUUCCUGCUGAGGAUCCUGUGGUAGAGGUGCCAGUGCCAGAGGAGACGGUGACCACAGCUGAAACUGUUGCUGCAGUUGAAACUGUGACAGAAACAGUAGUAACUGAAGUUAAGCCUGUUGCCGAUGCCGCAGUAGAAGUCGACGGGCAUGUUGUCGGGGUCGUGGGAGAGCCUGCCAUCGAAGCCGAAGCCAUAACUGUUGAAACUGAGCCUGUUGAAGUCAGCAGAGUUGCAGAAGUCACGGAGGAUAUACGUGCAGAGCCUGAACCAGAAGAGUUUCCAGUGGAAGCUGCAGUACCUACAGAUGCUUUAGUGGAACCAGAGCCUGAGCAGCAGCAGCAGACAGUCCCAUUGGAAGAACCUACGCCUUCAGUCGAGUCCACUAGUGACCCCAUCGCUGAAGAAUUUGUUGCGAACGAGUCAGUCGUAGCUGUUGACACAACUGUUAAAGAGGAACAGAUUCCUGAAACAACAACAGAUGCGCCCGAGGUUCCAUCAGAGGCACUGGCAGAAACGAUUCCUGCUCCUGAGCUUCUGCCUGUGCCUGUAGCAAAGGAGAUUAUACAAGCUCAAGAUGAAUUCAUGGCACAAGUGGAAACUGAAACCAUAAAGGACUUGGCAGUGACUGGUGGCCUACCUGUGGAUGCCAUCAAUGGAUGUCUGGGAGCUACCGAAGUUGCAAUUGAAGGUUAAAGUGCCUACGUUGGCUGAAAUAUCAUGCAACAUUGCAAAGUGCCUUACUGUGUUGAUCGUCACCUAAAAUAUGACAAGGAUUUGUGGCUGUUCUUCGCUGAUGGAGUUUUUCUAAGCUUCCGAUUAAUAUUCUUCAGUUUCCAUAUGCAUGUACAGUAGAUUUUCAGGUGUUAUACAUUGCAUACUUAGUAAAGAAAAAUAGAGGGGUGUUGCAAAUUUCUAUGUUUUUACUUGGACCAUUUUAUAAUGGGGAAUGAAUACUUGUUGUAUUUGUUUCAUUUGAUAAAAUGAUUUGGAGUGGAGUGCUUCCUCAAUAGAGCACAAUUUCACUAUACCAUCACCACAUUUUCUGUGCCCCCCUCAACCAUUCACAUGUGCCUUUCUCCAAAUUAUUAAUAAAGGGAGUUUGAAAAAAAAAAAAAGUCUUCCCCCAAAAUUCCUGUAUUCCUGUAUUUAGUUUAUAUGAAAAUAGUACAGACUAUAGACAGUAAUACCUGAUAUUGAGAUACAAGACAAUGCAAUUAAAUAAUACUCAACAAAACACUGAAAGAAGAAUGACAAAGACACUCAGUAGGCUAGCCGACAUGACAUAAGCAUCUACAGUAGCACCCCCAGUGGCCAUUAAAUGUAAUGUUUCACAAGGAGUAACCCUGCAGUGUUGUCAUAAAAGAGUUGGGCUGGGCAGUUAUUCUUACAGAUUAAAUAUGUCAUGCAACUAUUGAAACUGUAUGGAUGCAAAAUCUUGACUUGUAAAGUGAAGCAAAAUAACCCUUGAGCUAAUGGGGAUGCACUUUAGUUUAUCUAUCAGGACAAAUGGGCAAUACAUUUUAAAGACACAUUAUUCCGCAAAUUAUUAUGGUAAAUUAAUGGAAAAUUUACAUUUUACAAGAGUAAUAUCCUACCCAGGUCAAAAUGCCCCAUGGUAAGCUUUUCCCAACUGUCGAAGUGAAAUCCACUCAAUCGCCUUUGUCAUGAUAAAUAAUGUUUGUAAUGUAUAUUGAAUUCAUAGAAUUAUUAAAGAAAAACUCCAUGAAUGGUAAUACUAAAUUGAUGUAAUACUAAAUUGAUGUCUAAACUGAUGGUUUCACACUUAAUUCUUAAUUCUUUUGCAGUUAACGUGUCUUUUCUUCUCCAUCUGUUUUUUUCUGACCCUGCUGACCCAAUGAGUAUUUCACUGUCCAUUGGUCAUGCCUUAACUUUGCAAUUUCUAGUAUUGCAUCCUUCUGAUGGGCAUUUAAUAAUUUUUGACUUUUCAGUCUAAGUUAAAUCUAUUUUUUGGCUCAUUUUAUCUGUAAAAUAAAACCAGCAUAUAACCUGAAUAUAAGGCUGUUUUCACUUAGCCUUCAUGAACAAUUAUAUAUCACUUAUAAAUGAUUAAAUACAAAAUGAAUAGUAGUUAUUAAGAUUGAUGUGGUUUGCAAUUAUUAAAAAAAAAAAAAAAAAAAAAAAA